AUGGCGGAUCUAUUUUAUGGUAGAGUUGAAACUGAUGCUGUUGUCGUUGGAGCUGGUGGAGCAAAUAGUCAGUUGUGCAGUAAUUGUGGGAAAGAAGUACAGAAUUCACGUCUAGUAGAUGAGUUUCAAGCAAGUGACUCCAAGUUAUGUUCUAAUUGCGAAAAACGUCAUGGCCAUGCUCAUGUUGCUCAUCUGUCGCACUAUUUGUUUUUGGAGAAUCUAAUACACGUAACGUGGACCUGCAACGGUUGCAACAAAUCAUGUACAGAGUUACAAGAUACCCUAUGUUACUUCUGCGAUAUUUGUAAAUUUUACCUUUGUCGAAGUUGUUUUCAACCAAAAAAAUAUUUGCUUCAUGAACAUAGUUUAACCAAAACUGACGUAAGAUGCAUUUAUACUGCAAGUCAAGGUGGCUGGAAGUGCGAUUGUUGUGGCAGAAAUAAUGGUCGUGAGCACUAGUAAGUCAUGUGCAAUUACUUUUACUUUAACUUUAUUUAUUUUUUAUUUAAAAUAAUUCACUCGAAAAGGCAAGUGAAACAACAAAAGGACACGAAGUCCCAUACAUGUAGUACACCUAAUUUACAAGAUAAUAAAAAUAUUAGUCUAUAUAUACAUACUGUACGUUACAGGUACAAGCUAACAUUACAUUUAAAGACAUUUAUACCAAGUUUGAUCUUGGUAACGUAAAACGCUGUAAGUUUCUUUUUCAAACUAGAAAUUUGCUCACUAUGUACAGUAUACUCUCAAUAGCUCCAGGCAGAGCAUUGAUCCAAGAUCUCUCUUAUUCAAGUAACCUUAUGUUCACACCAUCAACGCAAGUUACUGUAUAUGAACAGUUCAACACUUCAACUUGUGCUUUUUUCGACUUGCACAAGUAUUGUGACAUUUACUGUAGAUUGCUGGAAAUAGAUUUCAUUUUGCAUUGACUAAUUGACUAUAGCUGCAUGGGUAAGGCAUGAUCUACACUGUAAAUCACCAUGUACAGUAGGACUACGCUAUCACUGAUUUUAGUAACUUUUCUAUAGCGCUUUGAAUCAUCAGCGAAAGUCACUACUUUAGAGUUAUUUAUAAUACUGUAUCUAGCCUAUGCCUAUGGUUUACACUGUGUACUGUAGGUUAUAAAUAAUGUCGGUCCGAGAAUUUCGCUUUGAGAUACAAGGUUACUCAACCCAUUGUUAAUACACAAUAACCUUGUGCUUUCUUACAACUGACGAAUUUUCAAACCACUUCAGCAAUACACUGCGGACACCGAAAUGUAGCCAAUAAACGCUGAUGACAUUCAGAAUCAAACGCUUUCGAGAAAUCCAAAUACUAUAAAAUCAGAUCAGUUAUCUAGUGUUGCACCAAUUUCAUGAAACACUUCCUAUUUUGAAAACCAUGCUGCGAUUUCUAAUGAGGAAAAUUGGAACGUUAAUUUGAAACCUCGUUUCUUUUUUCUAAAUGGGGGAGUUGUUUGCCUUUGUGAAGCCGUUAGACGAAACCGUUUUGGAAAGAACAGUUUGAAAAAGCUGUGAGUUUACAAAAGCAAGUGUUAAUGAGAUUGGAGAAUCCUUGAGAACCCUCGUGGGAAUGUUUUUAGGUCCAGGUGUUUUGUUAAAUGAACGUAAGAAAUUCUCUCAAGACUAUCUGUUGUCACGUCACUAAAAUCCAGAAGCCAAACUGCAAAACCACAAGCCAAACUGCAACUACUGUGCAUGUACAUGUACAUUUCCAGGUCUAUAGAAUCAAACAUUUAUGCACAUAAAGCUUAAAAAUGAAAGAUCUGCUGUAUAACUAUUAGGCCGUUGUAGUUUAUUAGAUCCAAUUGCAAAUAUUAACACACAUUAUAACACACAGAAUAUUAGAGCAAACAAUUGAAUAUUGUUCUGGAGCGGUAAAUUAUAUAUUUACUGAAGCUUAAUUAUAUAUCUUAAAAUGUGUCCAUGCAACUUAUUGAACUGUUCCAAUAUUCCACUCAAACGUAUCCAAUUUAUUUAGCUUACCAAGACAUUGUAAGAUAUGCCAGUUUGAUCUCUGCGAAAAGUGUUGUCAGCCCCAGCGCAGUACUUUACAUCUGCAUAUCCUAUACAAAGCAAAUACGGAAUUGAUUUAUCAGAGAUUCUCCGGUGGAUGGCGUUGUGAUAGCUGUGCAAGUCGUUUUCAUCCUAACACAAAUAAGUUUCCGUACCAUUGUGACAUAUGUGAAUUUGACUUGUGUGAUAAUUGUAUGAGGAUCACUGAUUCCAAAG